AGCAAUGUCUGGACAUUCUUGCCUCCCCAGGUCGGAAAGCUCAUCUUCCAACCACGGCUCUCGUUUUGCAGAACCAUAUCAGGAUGAAGCAGUGGCUGUUGUGUUUGGGUACCUCCCUGGCAGCAUUUGGCGUGUACUGCCUGAAAAGGGCCAGGAACACCAAGGGGCUGCCCCCAGGCCCUAAACCAUGGCCUCUGCUGGGCAACAUCGGCGACUUUCCGCCGCCAGGGACCCCAGAGCACGAGCACUGGAGCAGGCACAAAGACCUCUACGGACCCAUCAGUUCCGUGACCGUGGCCGGCGCGACCCUAAUCCUAGUCCACGAUGCUCGGGUCGCCCACGAGCUGCUGGACAAGAACGCCCGGAGGACCUCGGGUCGGCCCGAGAUGGUCAUGGCAAACAAACUGUGCGGCUUCGAGUUCAUCGCCGUCUGUCUGACUUGCGAUGGCCCAAUCUUUCGACGCUAUCGUCGGCUGAUGCACCAGGAGCUCGGCACCAAGACCUCCUCGGCUCGGUUCCAGGAUGUCCAGGAGGCCGAGGUAGGGCGCCAGCUUUUGCGGGUUCUCAAGGAUCCUAGGCGUCUGGACGAUCACUACGACGCCACAUCGACCUCCAUGAUUCUCCGCAUGACUUACGGCUACAAUAUCCAGCCGGACCAGCCCGAUACCCUCGUCUCCCUGGUCAAACAGACGCUUCUUGACUUUUCGCUCGCGGCCAGCCCGAUGUUCUGGGCCGUGGACUUGAUCCCGGCUCUGCAGUAUCUCCCUGACAACUUUCCUGGUGCCUCGUUCAAGCAAUCGGCACGCAAGUGGCGCAAGAACUCGCAAGCCUCGGCUUACGUUCCGUACAACUUUGUCCGCUCGCAGAUGGCUUCGCGCCCAGGCACGCGCCCGUCGUCGUACGUGUCUAAGCUUGUCGAGACGCUCUCCUCUUCCCCAUCUGUCUCGUCCGAGCGCAGUAACGACAAAAUCAACAGCGACAAAGACAACAGGUCUGGUAAGGAAAUCCUCGAUCGUGAAGACGAACAUGCCAUCAUCUGGACCGCGGCAUCCCUCUUCGGCGCAGGCUCCGAUACCUCAGCCAUGACGAUGCGCAUCUUCACGUUCGCGAUGAUCAAGUUCCCGCACGUCCAGAGCCGGGCGCAGGCCGAGAUCGACCGCGUCGUCGGGUCCUCGCGCCUGCCGGGCUUCCAGGACCGCGAGGAGCUGCCAUAUGUCAACGCCCUGCUCAAGGAGACGCUGCGCUGGUGGCCCGUCGCGGCGAUGGGAUUCCCGCACACCGUGACGGAAGGGUUCGAGUACAAGGACUACUGGAUGCCCAAGGGGGCUGUGAUCCUGCCGAAUGUGUUCUGCAUGCUGCGCGAUCCUGCCGUGUACGCCCGCCCGCACGAGUUUGAGCCAAAGAGGUUCCUGGAGUCGCGGCUCGAGCCGGACCCGAGGGAUGAGGCGUUUGGGUUUGGCAGGAGGGUAUGCCCGGGCCGGUUCUUCGCGGAGGCGAGUCUGUAUUUAAAUAUGGCACAGAUGCUGGCUGUGUUUAGGAUGAGUAGAGUACUGGGCAGCGAUGGGCACGAGGUCGGCGUCGAGGCUUUGGACCAUGUUUCCAUCAAGCCUGGAGUCCUGGCGCACCCGACGGAUUUCGAGUGUCGGGUUAUGCCGAGGAGCGAGCAGCAUGUUCAGCUGAUUAGGGAGUUGGAGCGCAGGUUCCCGUUCGCGCCAGGCGAUGCUGGAAAGCUGGCGUUAUUGGACGAUGCCAAACCUGGUCACUUUGUUUGAGAAACAUAGCGUAAAUGAGGAAUGCAGAUAUAUGGAGCCUGUCAGGCAGGGUAGAACGGGAAAUCCGCAACGGCUCUCGUCAGGCCGGCUUGACUCUGUCUUGUUAUGCACGAGGAUCGAUCUCCGCAAUCAGAC